AUUCGGGGUCCAACGUUAAACUUUAUAAAAAUUUCAAGAAUAUGUGAAGGCACAUACCAGUGCCAUGCCUCUAAUGGAAUUGGAGAAAAUGCGGUCCGACAAACAACGGUUAAAGUACACUUUCGUCCUGAAAUACAUUUACCUACGCUUAGAAUAGGACAGACCUUGGGACGGCACACAAUUCUUGAAUGCACAGUAACUGCUUCUCCAAUAGGACUCACAGUUUGGCAAAGAAAUCGAAGCACAUUAUCUAACGACGGCAAAACUGAAAUCGAACUUUAUAACGAAAAGUUACACACCAUAACUCUGAGUCUCAGAAUAAAGAAUUUGAGUAGAACCGAUUAUGGCUAUUACAAUUGUGUGGCCCAAAACAUCUUGGGAUCAGAAAAUAAAACUGUUGAACUGUUUGGUUAG